CUUCGUUGUAUUGAAUGUGACCAAUAGCUCACUCGCUGUUUAUGCUUUAUAGCAGCCUUCAAAACGCCCCGCUGCUUGUGUUACGUACCAAGUGCCUUGCUACUUUGUCUUCGUUCUCGCUUAGCUGGAAUUCUCGUUCCCAUCUUCAAUUAUCUCGUUUACCUCUUGGGCGUCGGCCUGUACCUGACAUUCUAUAACAAUUUCGAUAUAGCAAGAGUCUUACUUCACACAUCAUCCGUGGAAAGGAACCAUAGCUCUAGGGCAUAUAUUACAAGUAUUCCGAUUGGCCCCAGACGCAACCAUAUCACGUACCUCCAGCAAUGCAACGAGGUUACGAACCGAACGUAUCGAGUGGGGAGUGUCACGAAUUCAAGAGACGUGGAACAUGUAGUAAAAAGAGAUGCCCUUACAGGCACGGAGCUGCCAGUUCUAAUUCUGCCAGUUCGGUGCCCAACAGCAAGGCUGGUACGAAUAUCAAAGAAUGCUACGAAUUUAAGAAGAGUGGCACAUGCAGCAGAAAUAACUGUCGGUAUUCACAUGGUGCUGUCGGACACCGCGCACCCCUAGAAUCGCGAAGUAAGAAGGCUCCGACGAAGAAGGAGUCAUCCUCACCAAUAGAGAAGAAAUUGGCCUCCUGGACGUACCAAUGUCGUUCCAGCUCAGGGACUCCAUCCUACCUUCGAUUCGACGAGCUCAAACAGUUCUAUCAAGAGGCAAGAGACCUGUCGUACGCUGAUGACCCGGAUGUACUACAGAAAGUCAUCGCUGGACUCGCCAGCGAUGGGGGCCUUUUAUGGAUUAAAGACUUGGGAGAAAAUGUCCCAACACUCACGUCUAAAACUAAAGCAGCAGAUUAUUUUACCUACGUCCUCACUCCUUUCUUCGAAACUAUCACUCACCCAAAUGUCGAUGCCUUCGUCAUGUUAGAGCCUGAUACCCAACGCAUAUAUACGGCAGUAUACGGUCCCAAUGGGCGAAGAUUACAAGCAAUUUUCAGGCUCGUAAUUGAUAUCAUUGUCUCCAAGUCGAACGAACGGGAAACUACUUCAGUCGGAGAUACCCGCAAAAUUCUACGAAUUUGCGUGGAGGUUCUCAGUAAGGCUGCAGACUUCAACCAGACCUUGGCUAUCGACGACAAUAUCAAAAUGUUGGUGAAAAAGCUUUCGGAUUACAUUGACUUGAAUCUCCAACGCGAGGGUGCGGUCUUGUCGCCGCAUAUCCAAAUCUUCCGGGAACGACUGUUGCAACGGUUUGAAAUCGCGUCGGAAAUUCCCGACCUGCAGGUUUCAGUGAGCAUCCCGAAUCAGCGAGCAACUUUCGAACUCACACGCGACAUGCCAGGAGAAUUGUCAGAGUUGGGACCAAGACAUGACAACGAUUUCGUCGACAUCUCGAAGAUAGAAAUCAUGCCUACUACCCAAGAGAUCAUGUCUGAGCGUCAGGACUACCUCCCUCUACUCGAUAGCUCCACAUGGCAUGUGCCUGGUGUAAAGGGUUUGCUUGACAGACAUUUCCGACUGUUGCGCAAAGAUACCGUCGGGCAACUAAGCGAUGCCAUACAACAUCUCGCGAAAGCACGAAACACCAAAAACAAGUCAGCGUCAAGUCGGAAUGGCCUACGUCUUCACAGAUGGCGUAACAUCUGCGUUCAGAGCAUCAAUUGCGACAUGUUUGCCGGUCCUGUACUUGAAAUUUCUUUUGAGCAGGCACCCAACAUCAUUAAAAUGCCAUUGAAAGAGCGGGACAAAUGGUGGGCAUCCAGUAAGCGAUUAAACGCAGAUGCCCUGGUUUGCCUUCUGGAUGGGGAAGGGGUGGCCACUUUUUGUUCCGUUUAUGGUCCCCGAAAGACAACAGAAUCGAAUGGUAAGAAGUUCACUUCGCAGCUCCCGGCGGUAUCGCAGGACAGAAAGGACAAGAAAAAGGCUGUCGUCAACCUUACUCUCGUUGCAGAGGAUGGCGAGAGCUUUCGAAGCGCGCUUGACAGUCUCAGCAAGGCCGCGCCUCAGGCAAUAGAGCUCGUUGAGUUCCCCGGCAUUCUACUUGCGUCAUUCCUGCCAACCCUCAAAGCACUGCAGGUACUAAGCCAGAGAGGUGAAAUUCCAUUUGCCAACAUGCUGGUGCCAAAUUCAAUUCCGACACGGGGUACUUAUAACGUUCCGCCGCCGGCAUACGCUGCUGAGCCUCAUUUCAAGUUUGAUCUCAGUUGUCUUACCAAGGACUCCACUGAGCCGCUUGUAUUAUCUCUAGACCAGCCCUUAAGUGUGAAGGAUGUGUACUCUCAUACUCAGUUGGAUAAAGCCCAAGCCACCGCUCUUUUAAACUUGCUUACUCGAAGUAUCGGCAUUACACAGGGACCUCCAGGCUGUGGAAAAUCCUUCCUUGGAGUUGCAGCACUCCGUGUGCUUCUUGCGAAUCAGCAUCAGGCUAAUCUAGGCCCUAUAAUAUGUGUUUGCUACACAAAUCAUGCUCUCGAUCAGUUGCUUGAACAUCUUCUUGACCAUGAAAUUAAAAAUAUAAUACGGAUUGGAUCAAGAUCCAAAUCGACACGUCUUGCCGAGGUCAACCUUCGGGUCGUCUCAAAAUGUGUCGAGCCUACAAAGGAGGAGAGCAAGCGGCGUUUUAGCCUUUAUGAAAGCCUUGAAACCCAUCAGGAAAAAGUCAAUCAAUGUCUGAGUCGACUCUCAAAGCUUGGUGGAACAUCCAGUAUUAGAGAUUAUCUGUGGCACCACAACCGUCCGCAUCACUCUCAGUUGUUCACACACAAGGAUGAAGAGGGCUGGGAGACGCAAGGUGUUCAGUCGAAAGGGCCGAUGGUGUUCUGGCUGGGAGCUAAAGACUAUGGCGGAAAUGGUAACCAGGCACGUUCUCUGAACGACCUGGAAAAAGCCGAUGUAUGGAGUAUGUCGAAGCAGGAACGAAAGAAGUUGCACAAACACUGGACUGAGCGUUCAGCAGCGUUCUUACGCCAGGAAAUCGCCACCUCCAUCGCUGCACACCAAAAGGCCAAAGCGAGCCAUAGAAAGAUUCGAGAGCAGCUAGAUCUUCGUUGUCUCCAAGACGCAAAAAUUAUUGGCGUCACGACAUCAGGUAUGGCUCGCAAUUUAGAUCUUUUUCGCCGUCUUCGAGCGAAGGUUCUAUGCGUCGAGGAAGCCGCAGAGGUACUCGAGGCUCAUGUCCUGACUGCAAUGCUGCCAUCUGUGGAACACAUUCUACUUAUUGGCGAUCAUUUUCAAUUGCGUCCACAAGUUCAAAACUACGAGCUAUCACAGGAGAGUCCUCGUGGAAAGCAGUACUCGCUUGACAUGUCUCUAUUCGAACGACUUGUCGCACCACCUGAUGGUAUACCAGCUACUCGCUUGCCUUUCAGUACGAUCGAAACGCAGCGCCGAAUGGAUCCAUCUAUUUCCAGAUUAAUUAGGAACACGCUGUAUCCAGCCUUGAAAGAUGACGAUUCUGUGAAAGCUUACGAACCUGUCGCUGGCAUGAGAAACAGGCUGUACUGGUUCGACCAUCGAGUUCCUGAGGAUGCUGUUACAAGUGAGGAUAUGAAUGCGACGUCAAAGACAAAUGCAUUUGAAGUCGAGAUGGUGGCAGGUUUGGUAACUCAUUUGGUAAAACAAGGAGCAUACCAGGCAGAUGAAAUCGCGGUUCUGACGCCUUACCUUGGACAACUAAUGCUUCUACGGAGCCGACUAUCACAGUCUCAAGCAUUUGUAGUCGCGCUGGGCGAUCGCGAUCAGGAUGAGAUUGAAAAGGCAGGUCUUUCGACGGAGGAAGCAGAUUCUUCCACUCAGAUUGCAAAGACGACCUUGCUAUGUGCCUUGCGCGUGGCAACAGUGGACAAUUUCCAGGGAGAGGAAGCCAAAGUGGUUGUAGUAUCCCUAGUCCGAAGCAACCCGGAAAGAAAGUGUGGCUUCUUGAAGACCUCUAAUCGGAUCAAUGUCCUUCUCUCUCGCGCUCAGCAUGGCAUGUAUAUCAUUGGGGAUUCCGACACCAGUGGUUCCAUUGCGAUGUGGCGAGAUGUCGUUGGCAUGCUCGAGUCCGAAAAUCAGAUCGGGCCACAGUUAGAACUCAGGUGCCCAAGACACCCUGAAGACCUCAUGGCAGUCAAGACACCUGAUGACUUCUUGAAAUUAUCACCCGAAGGUGGUUGCACGCUGCGCUGCAUCCAAAGACUUGCGUGCGGCCAUGCUUGUCCUUCAAAGUGUCACAGUGAGCUCAUGCAUGAAGUUGUCAGGUGCCUCGAGCCAUGUCUGAGGAUCAAAGCAGGUUGCACUCAUCCGUGCCGAAAGCCGUGCUACCAACAAUGUGAUAAAAAAUGCUUGACCAAAUUGAUAGGGCUUGAUAUUGAACUACCUUGUGGUCACCAUAAGACCGAGCUCUUGUGCUGGGAGGUCCAGGAUCCGAAGAGAGUGUUGUGCAAGACAAAGGUUCGGAAAACAGUUCCAGGCUGUGACCAUGUUCUUGAGGUACCUUGCCAUGAAGACGUGACCACUUUAACCUUCAAAUGCGAUCAUGCAUGCAACAAAAGUCUGGAGUGCGGUCAUAAUUGCCGGAGAAAAUGUAGUGCCUGCCGGAUCAAAAAGGAGGAUAAGCCCGUCGCCAUCAAUCACGGGCUUUGCAAACAGCCCUGUGGUCGCGCAUUUGCUACAUGUGAGCAUAAUUGCGAAGAGACAUGUCAUCCUGGAAAAGACUGCUCUCCUUGCCCUCUACCAUGUCAGGUCCAAUGUAGUCACUCACAAUGCCAGCGACGAUGCUGUGAGCCUUGCAUUCCUUGCGCAGAAGAAGUUUGCGCCUCUCGAUGUCCUCAUAGCAGCUGCACAGCACCAUGCGCCGCUCCAUGUAACUGGUUACCCUGCUCCAAGCGAUGUGAGAGUAAGCUGCAAUGCGGUCAUCAGUGCCCAUCUGUCUGUGGGGAAGCCUGUCCUAAAGCUACAAUGUGUCAGAUAUGCGCACCGCAAGCUGUACAAGACAUGACUGUCGACUAUAUUGAAGGGCUAACAUAUAGGGAUAUCAAUCUCGACGAGGAGCCGUGCGUCUUUCCGGCCUGCGGUCACAUCAUUACUUUGACAAGCAUGGAUGGUUACAUGGACAUGGGUCGACAUUAUGAUACCAGCGUCGAUGGGUCUUUCACGGCUAUCAAGGCAUCGGCUGCUCCAUUCUCGAGCGCGGAAUUGAAGACUUGUCCAAAGUGCCGAGGCUCUCUCCGUGCGCUGUGCCGGUACGGUCGCAUUGUACGCAGAGCUCAUCUUGACGAAGCAUCAAAAAGAUUCAGCACUUUGGCCCGACAGACGUAUGUUUCCGUUGCAGAGAAACUGAAUGACGAGCUAGAGAAGCUUCCAGCGGCUAAGUCGCAGCUACAGCUGCAGCACGUUACAGAGCACUGUAAGCUCAAAGAUAGUAUGUCGUCACAGAUCUCUACCAUCAAAGCUGGAGCAAAAGAUUGUACCAGAUAUGACGCCUUGUUUAGUUGUCAUAAGAACAUUUUGAAGUACGUGAAGCAAUCAAAAGAGAACGAGAUGCCAUUCGCGCGUAUGUGCGAGGUCGUCGAAGCUAGAAGACGCCUGAACGGUAGCAAUUCUGAAGAGGCCUUUCACCUGGAUAACAGCGUCGUUACUAGUACAUAUCGACUUCAAGGUGUCGCUUUACAGUUCCGGUGCGAGAUCGCGAUCAUGUCGGAUUAUCUCACUAUGAUUACGAAAGCACUGGGUAGUAAAGCGAGCACGCAGAUUGCGAUCGACCUGUCUCAAAAUCGUGCAGAAUGUCGGCGCUUGAUCAAUGACGCUGCUACUGCCAAGGACCCUGUCCGCCAGACGGAAGGACAUAUAUUCAUCACGAAUCUUAUCGCCCUUGAACGGUCUCGAUGUAAGAACGAAGAUAAAUACAAAAUUUUCGAUGAAAAAGGAAAACGACACAUUGCUAAAGCUCGCGACCUCUGCAAAGCCAUUCCAAACAGUGUGACCCACUUCCUGCCGUCCGAGAUUGAUGCUUGUGAAAAAGCUCUGGCGAGCGGCUUCUUCAAUGCUCCACUAUCCGCUAAGGAGCGACGAGAAGUCCUCAAAGCCAUGGCUGGCGAGCUCCGAGGCACUGGACAUUGGUACUCGUGUGUCAACGGACAUCCUUUCAGUAUCGGCGAAUGUGGUAUGCCCAUGGAGGAAGCACGUUGUCCAACUUGCGGCGCAAGAAUCGGCGGCCAGAAUCAUCAGGCUGUGGCAGGAGUUCGUCGUGCAGACGAUUUGGAAGCAGAAUUGAGGCAGUUGCACAUCUGAACGAGUUUAAGAUAGCGUAAACAGAUUGAAUAUCGUGAUACAGCCCGAAGAGAAAUACAUAAGGUCAAUAUAGCGUGUGCCUCUAAAGAGAGGUGACACUGAGGCAUCCAACAUGAUGGGUAGAAGUUAUCGUUUCUCCUUUUUAAAGCUCGCAAAUAUAGCUACCAUAC